AUGGAAAACAAUACAAUUGUGUUUAUGUUGAAUUUAGCUGGGUUGUCUGAUAUUCCAAGUCUUCCUUUGUUCUUGGUGUUUCUCCUGGUCUACCUUUUCACUUUGAUUGAGAACCUUCUUAUUCUUAUCCUGAUCUUCACUGAUUUCCAUCUCCAAACCCCCAUGUACUUCUUCCUUGGAACCCUGGCAUGUCUGGAUAUGUGUUACUCUUCAGUCACCACUCCCAGAAUGCUUUUCGAUUUAUUGAAAGAAAAAAGGACCAUUUCUGUGCAAGCUUGUAUAACUCAGAUGUUCUUCUUCAUCUUCUUUUGUGUGUCAGAGGUGUAUGUUCUUGCACUAAUGUCCUAUGACAGAUAUAUUGCUAUUUGCCGCCCUCUUCACUACAUGCAGAUAAUGAGCUGGAAAGUUUGUGUUCAACUUGUAUCAAGUGUUUUAGUUUUUGGUGUGAUAUAUACCUUGGUGCACACUAUUGUUUUAUCCAAACUGACCUUUUGCAGCUCAAGUGUCCUGCAAAGUUUCUUUUGUGACCUUCCCCAGUUGCUUCAGAUUUCAUGUAGUGACACAUUCAUUAAUAUAUUGCUUGUAUUUAUCCUUGGGAUAUUAUUUGGACUAGGAAUUUUAGCAGUGACCUUUUACCCAUACAUCACUAUAAUCAUAACUGUUUUGAAAAUCCCAUCAAAAGACAUGAAACUGAAAGCUUUCUCCACCUGCUCCUCUCAUCUAACUGUGGUCUUCUUAUUUUAUAGUUCUUCUUGCUUCAACUACUUUCGGUCAAAGGAAAAGGAUCAAUUCAAUAAUGAUAAAGUGGCUUCUGUAUUUUAUGCAAUAUUAAACCCCUUUCUAAACCCUCUGAUCUACAGUCUAAGGAACCGGGAACUCAAAAUGUCCUUGAAAAGAAUCAUUGCCAGUUCAAUUUGGUUCCCUGUGUGUUGUGCUGGAAUCUUCAUGUGA